CUCUCGUCUCCACCAGCAGUCGAUCUCAAGAUUAUUCCCUCUCAAUAGUUUUUCCUAAUCACAGCAUACUCUACCUCGCUUGCAGCCCUAAUGGAGGCGUACUUGUUUACAUAUGACAUUCACCGGGAAUACUUCUAUAUUUGGCAAUCAAAUGAACUCUGAUGUUGUUUCAAGCUCCCCAGAGAAGGGUUCCCAAAAGAAAAAUGCAGCGACCGGUGCAUCUGCUGCAGGUGUUCGUGCUAUCAGUGCGCAACUUAUAGCAUUUUAUUUUAGAGCCCCUGUAAAGGCCUUUUUCCGGACCCGAGUUGACUACAUGGCAUUUGCAAGAGCCGUUAGUCCACGAGCUGCGGAGACUGCAUGGUCUUUGCAUAAAACUACACCUGGCUUACUUGCUCAUGCUGUUCGCACAUAUGGUUGGCGCUUUAUUCCAGAUCAGGUAAUACCUCCUCUUUUGGCAAAUGCAGGGGUUGGCGCCGUGCUUUAUACCACUUAUCUGCAAGUUCUCGGUAUUCUACAUGAACCUUCGUCACGAGGUGCCAAGCAUAUUUAUCCCCCUGUCCAUCCUACUCAUACAUUUGCGGCUGGUUUUGUCUCCGGGACCGUCCAAUCAAUCGUUGCAUCCCCUCUGGACGCUUUACAAGUUCGCCUCCGGGCACCCGAUAUGCUGGAAGGCCGAUAUCGAAAUAUGUGGCACUAUGGACGGCACAAACUCAAGCAGAUUGGCGUUAAUGGUAUUUUUGCAGGUUGGCCUUUGUCCUUCUUGCGUGACUCGUUCGGAUGCGCACUCUUUUUCACCUGCUUCGAGUACAUUAAAUCACAAGCCUAUUAUUCAUAUAUUACCGCGUACUAUGGGUCACCUGGUCCAUAUUGUGCCGGCCAGUUGUCAUCCAGGCCCUCUGAUCCGGAUCUACCGCUAAUCAAGCCUCACUACGCCUUAGAACCUUGCUUUCUUAUGAUUGCGGGUAUCGUGGCCUCUAUUAGCCAACAAGCGAUACAAUAUCCACUCGGCAUGGUACAGAAUUUACACUUUAGUCGGUUGGAGUACCUCGAUCGCCAGGCGAGUCUUCACCCUUCGAGAAAACACAUCUUGCGUUUUUAUUUUCAUGCUUACCAGGAAACCUUCAAACGGUGCCAGAAGAAGGCUGCGCAUGCUGGUGGGUGGCGGACUUGGCUCUUCCAUGGGUUUGUGCGGAAUGCUAUCCGCCAGGUACCCAGCACCAGCGCCGGGCUGGUUGUGUUUGAAUUAGUGCGCCGUAAGUACACUAAUCUGGCUGAUGCUGUCUACAUCCGUAAGGACGGAUAUGGCAUUCUUCUAUAG